AAAAGGGCAGUGGGGCGCGCGGCUUGGAGAUGCCGGGCACCUCCGUGGGUGCCUCGGAGUCCCCGCAGCCUGAGUCGCGCGGAGACAUGAGUGACACCGGAGGCGACCACACGCUCCUCAGGCGCUACCCCAAGCUCCCGGUGUGGGUGGUGGAGGACCACCAGGAGGUCCUGCCCUUCAUAUACCGGGCCAUAGGUUCGAAGCAUCUUCCUGCCAGCAAUAUAAGUUUCUUACAUUUUGAUUCACAUCCAGACCUUCUUAUUCCUGUGAAUAUGCCAGCAGACACUGUGUUUGAUAAAGAAGCACUGUUUGGAGAAUUAAGUAUUGAAAAUUGGAUUAUGCCUGCAGUUUACGCUGGCCAUUUUUCUCACAUAGUAUGGCUUCAUCCCACAUGGGCUCAGCAAAUCAGAGAGGGCAAACACCACUUCUUAGUAGGCAAAGACAUUUCUACCACAACAAUCAGGGUUACAAGUACCGAUUAUUACUUCCUAAGUGAUGGUCUUUUUGUACCUGAAGAUCAGCUAGAGAACCAAAAACCUUUACAAUUGGAUGUGGUUAUGGUAGAACCGUUCAAACUCUGUAACAAUCAAGAUGAUGGUGACUCUGUGUCUUCUGCCAAGAAGCCCAAGCUGGCACUGGCAGGUAGAGAGAGCACUGCUGCUUCUAAUGGGGACGCGUGCUCAGAAGGACUUCAGGCGGAUGCAGUGACACUGAGAAGUGACCAUGCUUGCCAAGAGCCGUCUUGCUCAUAUCCUUCCGGAGAUCAGCCGCGCCAGAGCACAGCCAGCCGUGGGGCGAUCCUGGAAAUGCUCAAGACUGGAGAUGCAUUUGUUUUAGAUAUUGACUUGGAUUUUUUUUCUGUCAAAAAUCCCUUCAAAGAAAUGUUCACUCAGGAUGAGUACAAAAUUCUCCAGGAGCUUUACCAGUUUAAAAAGCCGGACAGUAACCUCACUGAGGAAGAUUUGGUAGAUAUUGUUGAUACUCGAACUCAUCAGUUAGAAGAUUUAGAAGCAACUUUUGCGGAUUUGUGUGAUGGUGACAGUGAAGAAACUGUGCAGAGAUGGGCUUCAAAUCCCGGAAUGGAAUCACUAGUUCCACUUGUACAGAGUUUGAAAAAACGGAUGGAAGUACCAGACUAUGAAAUGGUUCACCAGGCUGGGCUAACCUGCGAUUAUUCAGAACUUCCUCAUCAUAUCAGCACAGAGGAAGAAAUUGAGUAUCUUAUUCAGGCUGUGUAUUGUUUAUUGAAGAAUCUACCAAAGCCUACUCUUGUGACAAUUGCAAGGUCGAGUCUGGAUGACUACUGUCCUCCUGAGCAAGUUGACAGCAUUCAGGAAAAGGUCCUCGGCGUGCUGCAGUCUCUCUACGGGACCCUGGACACUCACCUGGUAUAUUCAGCAGAGUCUCCUCCAUGUUGAAACAGACAGAGCACUGGGCUCCUGUGCAUUUUGCUACAGCUGCAGGGCUCUUGUUCAUGAGCCUUCCAGAGUGCACUUCUAUGUUAACUUUUAGUUGAAAUAAGUCAGAUACUUUUACAUCUCCGGGCAAUAUCAGUUGUUGAAUAUGGCAUUUGGGGUAGAGGUAGGGUUGGUUGGUUGGUUUUAUAGUUUUUACAUCAAAAUCUGUUAACCUCAGUUGAUGGGAACUGUUGGUUAUCUUUCUUGCUUCCCAUUGUUGUCUUUGAUUUUUGUGAGAGAUUUUUUUCCUCUUUCCCAAACAGAACUUCAUUAUACUAUAUGAGACAUGUUAUAUACAUAUGAAACUUAUUUAUUUAUUCAUUCAGCUAAUGUUUAUUUAGCACUUUCAUGUGCCAGACACUGUUGAACAAGAUGCCCUACUUUCCUGUGGGAAACAUAAGAAGCAAAUAAUAGUGGGCAGUCUCAGGAAAAAGGAGAGAACCACAAAUGUGUCUUGGGCAUGCUGUCAGUUCUCAGGGUAACGUGGCUUGUAGGAAAGUAACAUUCUCAAAAGUGAUUCAAAAAAACAUCCUUGCCAGUCCAUAAAAAUCUUACAGCAAGUCUGCCGGUCUAAGGAUUGUGGGAAUUGUGCUAAACAUUGCUGAAUGUUCUCUAGCCUUGUUUUUGUGCAAGAGGUCUAGUUGAAUAAACCUGACCACACAAAAUUUCA